GCUCCUCCUGGUCUACGUCAGGGUCUUCAUCGACGUAUCCAGCUUCUACCUGCUUCUAACAGUGGAAGCAAAGGACAGGCACCUAAAGUGUGAUGUUUUGGGACAUCUGUUCUCCCAGACCAUGGCCGACCAGAGGAAGGCAGAGGAGAAACCCCUGGAGAAUCCUCACAGAGUUCCCAACACCUUCAAACACCUCAACCUGGAAACCUCUAUUCAGGGUUUCCCUGCCUAAGAUCAAUUCCGACGCAGAGUACAGCCCUUUGACAUUCAGCCUGCGAGACAACACCUGUGACAACCAUACAGGUGGAAAUGCAGACAGGUCCCACCUGACUACAGAGAGACCAGAGGUUGUUCCAAAGUACGCCCUACUCAGAGUGCCUUCAGCCAAACAACUCAAGCCACUGGAGGACAUCAGCACCAGGUUCUAUGCAGGAACCGAGGAUAGGGAGAUUGUGUACACAGACUGGAAGUUGGAGAAGGGCAAUGACUCUGGACGACUAUUCAGUAAGGUCACCGUAGAUUAGACUUGACCUAAUAUCAUUAUAUAAUAUACUCUAACUUGAGUGGUGUAAAGUACUUAAGUAAAAAUACUUUAAAGUACUACUUAAGUAUCUGUACUUUACUCUUUCUGUUUUUGAUGACUUUUACUUCACUACAUUCCUAAAGAAAAUGGUUUACUCCAUACAUUUUCCCUGACACCUAAAAGUAUUUGUUACGUUUUGAAUGCUUAGCAAGAAAAUGGUCCAAUUCACUCACUUAUCAAGAGAACAUCCCUGGUCAUCCCUAUUGCCUUUGAUCUGGCAGACUCAUAGCACACAGGCUUUGUUUGUAAAUUAUGUCUGAGUUUUGGAGUAUGUUCCUGGCUAUCUGUAAAUGAGAAAAAAAAACUUAAUAUAAGGAAUUUUAAAUGAUUUAUACUUUUACUUUUGCUACUUAAAACCAAAUACUUUUACUCAAGUAGUAUAUUACUGGAUUACUUUUACUUGAGUAAUGUUCUUUAUUUUGUGUGUGUAUUUUACACCCUUUUCUCCCCAAUUUUGAUCUUGUCUCAUCGCUGCAACUCUCCAACGGGCUCGGGAAAGGCGAAGGUCGAGCCAUGCAUCCUCUGAAACAUGACCCACCAAACAGCGCUUCUUAACACCCGCCCGCUUAACCUGGAUGCCAGCUGCACCAAUGUGUAGGAGGAAACAACGUUCAACUGAUGACUGAAGUCAGCCUGCAGGCCCCUGGCUUGCCACAAGGAGUCGCUAGAGCCCAAUGAGCCAAGUAAAUCCCCCUCUGGCCAAACCCUCCCCUAACCCAGACAUCGCUGGGCCAAUUGUGCACCGCCUUAUCGGACUACCAGUCACGACACACCCUGGGUUCGAACUCUUAGACCGCUGCGCCACUCAGGAUGCCCUACUUCAGUCAUUUUCUAUUAAGAGAUCUUUACUUUUACUCAAGUGGGACUAUUGAGUACUUUUUCUAACACUGUCUAACCCACUUUGAACAGCUAACAACAAUCUCCUAAACCUCUAGAGCUUUGAGUAAUGGGGAAGAAAUGAGUUGCAAAUGUAAUAUAUUUUGCUUUCAUCAAGAAUUCCUUAAUUAUGAUGAAUGUAACCUCUCUUAUGGAAAAAACACAUGAGUUCACAUAUGGAAAAUCACAUGAUUUCACAUGAAAAGAAAAAUGAGUUAAGAUACACACACACAGUGCUUUUAUCAUAGUGUUUUGACCUUUUUAUAGUUGACACGUAUGACUACAUUGUCUGUUUUUAUUAGUCAACGUUUCAACUGGGUUCACUGCAUUCGGAUUUUCCUGCCACGCCGCCAUGUCUGUGUCAAUAACUGAUUUCACCUGUAUUCCUACACUUUGGAUUUCAAAGUAAAUCACUAGACAACUAUAUAGAAAACAUGGUCCUUACCCUUACGGAAAAACCCCAUGAAUUUCACGUGUUUCACAUGCAAUCUUAUUUGGUUAAUAUGAGAAGCAACAUGUCAUAACAUGAAACUACACAUGUGAAAACAUGAUCUCAUGAAAAAUAUAUGUGAAAUAAAUGUGACACACAGAGAUGAAAUCUCCCUAAAUCAUGGCAUUGAACAGUUCCGCAGACUUUUAGACUUCCUUAACUGGCUACGAGACUGUUGCAGAUCUGUGAGUGUAACAUUUAUUGACAAUUUUGAUACCUUCUGGAAACAAAUCUUGUAUUAUAAAGAAGCAUGGGAUCCUUUCACAGCAUUAUGAGGCUGCGUUGAGACAAUGACUUAUCAAUGACCCAAGCCCAGCUCAUUUAAUCACUACCGUUGUGUCGCUGAGUUGUCAUAAUGCUUCAGCAAAUGAUCCCAGGGGCGCUGGAAGACACAAUGUAAGUAACCUAAUUUAUUUCCCUCUUACUGCCCUGAAGGCUUCUGCUGAUCCUACAUCUAUUGUAUGCAGUAAUCAUAUGCCUAUGAACCAGAGUUAUACUGUUAGCACUGGGGUGGUGUGCCCUAGCAGGAAGUACACUGUGUGCAGCUCAACAUAAAUAACAUCUCUACCUUUA